GAUUUUAAGUAUCGAUGACAAUAAAUGGAUGAGUCUAAUGUCCAUUUUAUUGUUAAAAACCCAAUAGAGAUUUAAGUGUGAAACAGGAUGCUGAGAGAUAUAAAUAAAAAUGUUUAAAUUAUUAGAAUGAGGAUUUUAUUUAUUUAAACAAGAGGGGGAAUUCUGAUAAUUAUGUAAGUAAUGUGGACUCGAAAAUUCAAAGGAUAAAGAACGUAUCAGAGCGGGUUUCAGAUGCAUUGCUGAGAGUGAAAGCGUAAGCAUCAGGACUCAUAUGUAUUUGUUGUGUCUACUAAAGCUGCUGAAUCUUUCGUAUAGUUGUAUAGUUUCAGCGUGUUGACCGCAAGGCCAAUAAAGUGUAACACAACAUUACUCUAAUACAUUUAAUAAAUUUCUACUGGACCAAAAUUAUUUUACAAAUAUGUUUAAGUUCAUUAUUUUUAGUUUUUGUUAUAUGAUCAUUUUAUGUCAUACUGCAGAAUUUGAAGAUGCAUUUAAACAUUGCCAUCCAAACGUCAGUGGAUUUGAUUCAUGUAUUAGAGAGGGAUUGAAUUCUAUAAGGCCAUAUUUUAAAACAGGCUUGUCGAAAUAUAAUGUUAAACCAUUCGAUCCAUUUUUUGCUGAGGAAGUAACAGUGACAAGAGGUUUACCUAGACUUGGUUUUAUUUUGACAUUGAGAAAUGUUACAGAAAGUGGUUGGACAGCAAGUAAAGUUACCAAAUUUGUCAGCGAUUUAUCUAAUUAUAAAGUUGUUUAUACUCAAAGUUUUCCAGCAAAAUUUUUGAAUGGUGAUUAUGAGUUUACUGGUAAUUUAUUAGGUCCCAAGCUGACAAAUAAAGGAAAAUUUACUCUCGAUUUAUAUGAUUUGAUUCAAACAACAACUGUAACAAAACAACCAGGAGAAAAAUUAAAAGCGCGUAUUGAAGUAGAGACAAUACGAGAUUUAAAAUUACAUAUUUCAAAUCUUUUGCAAGGACGUCUUGUUUUAGAAAAUUUCAUGGAUACAAUAAUAAAUGGUGCGUGGCAACCAGGUUUUGUUGUAACAAAAGGUAUAAUUAAUGACCUCGUGUCAAAUGCUUUUACUAAAAUAUUUGGUGAGGCUUUUCAAAAUUUUCCAUUUGAAAAAAUAAUUAAAAAUAAAUAAAGAAAUAUUUACUUUUAAUAAAAAAAAAAUAAAUUUGGAAAAUUUUGUUUGUGAUAUAUAUUUUUAAAUAUAUAUUUAAAUUAGUGUUUUAAAAAUAAAUACAUUUUUUAUAAUUAUUUAUUUAAAAUUUUGUAUCGAUAUCAUUGAGAAAUUUUUACAAAUAAGUACAAAAUGUAACCUACAUAUACGUAAUUAAAAAAACUUGUCGUUAAGCGAAUUGCCUAAGUCAUGUACAUACAUUUUUUCGCAUUUACUUGUGUUACUAUACACGGAAAGAUUUUUAAAAUAAUUUUAAAUAAAAAAUUUUUCUAAUUAUCUGCUUUGUUUUUCUUUUCGAAAGAUAAGUGCCUGUAAUUAUUGUUUGAAAGAAGAAAUAAUCAUAUAUUUUUAGUUUUUUUUUUUAAUUGGUAGUUGCUUACCUUGAAGUCCCGAUAGACUCAAAGGUCUUUGACCCGUUUAUGACUAGAUUAAAUCUCAAAGUCUAAUUUAUAUUAAAAUAGUUGUUCACUACUAUUAAUAUUAAUGAGAAAAAUGUUUUUUUAUUUCAAAUUAUAUUUAAUUAGCAUUGUCAUUAUAAAUAUUUCUGUGUUGACAAUUCAAAAAUUAUUUCUUUGUACAAAUUAUGUAUUAAUUUUAUUUUUAAAUUAUAAAUU